AUGCAGGAUUUAAAAAUGCGUAUCUCACUCGCAUGCGAAGGAGCUGAGAAUUUUGUAAAAUUUUACUACGAAAGAUUUGAUAAAAGCCGGCAUAUUGUUUCAAAACUAUACAGCGUGGAUGCAAAAUUAAUAUGGGAAGGUAAUGCCGUGGUUGGGUUGGACAGCAUAGCCAAGUUCCAUGAAAAUCUCCCCACGUCACUCCAUGUUGUCGAAACAAUCGACGCCCAACCAAUCUCAGGUUUUGCAACAAAUGGUCAAGACACAUUUGUAGUUGUAACAGCUGGCACUGUUAAAUUCCAUGAUAACAAACCAAGAAGCUUCUACCAAACAUUCACCGUCACAUCCCUUAACAGUAAAGAUUGGAAAGUCAAAUCGGACUGCUUCCGAUUAAUGCCUAUUGACACUAAAUCUUGA